AUGGCCCUCGACAAGAUCCGCCAAUAUCUGAAUGUCGAGUAUGCGCCAGGAGAACGCAAGCUCCUUCAGAAGUGUGACUUCUUCAUCCUGACUUUUUGCUGUGUUGGCUACCUGGUGAACUAUCUUGACCGUACCAACCUGAACAAUGCAUACGUCUCCGGCAUGAAGGAAGAGCUGGGCUUCGUAGGAAACCAGCUCAACCAGAUCAACACGUGCUUCACUGUUGGCUAUGUUAUCGGACAGAUCCCGUCCAACUUGUCCCUUCACUAUGUGAAGCCAAGAAUCUGGUUCCCCCUCAUGAUGGUCAUCUGGGGCGCCUUGACGAUGUGCACCGCCAGCGUCCACAGCCCGCAAUCGAUCAUGGCCAUCAGGUUCUUCCAAGGUAUUGCAGAGGCUUCGAGUUUCGUCGGCACGCACUACAUCCUAGGCGCAUGGUACACGGAGCGCGAACUCGGCAAGCGCAGCGGCCUUUUCACGGCAUCAGGUCUCGCUGGCACCUUUUUCGGCGGUUUCAUCCAGACGGGCAUCCACAGCAGCAUGGAUGGUUUGCAUGGUCUCAGCGGGUGGCGCUGGCUGUUCAUCAUCGACGGCCUGAUGACCCUCCCCGUGGCUAUCUACGGCUUCUUAUGCUUUCCUGACACCCCACACACGACCACCGCCUUCUACUUCACCGAGGAAGAGAAAGCCCUAGCUCGAUCCAGAGUUCCGGCGAUCCAGGAGAAGUCACCCCUCACAUUCAGAUUCAUGAAGAAGGUCCUUACCUCAUGGUAUUGGUGGGGUUUCGUCGUGCUCUGGAUCAUCGCCGGCGAGACCGAGUCCUUCAGCACCAAUUCACUCCUGGGUCUUUACAUGAAGAGUCACCCGGUCAACAAGUACACCGUUGCUCAGCUCAACAAUUACCCCACGGGCGUUCCGGCGGUUGGCAUCGUUUCCACCCUCUUCUGGGCAACGCUUACCGACUUCCUCGGCGGAAAGCGCUACCUCGUCGCUUACUUCAUCGGCAUCACGGGCGUAGUGACUUCCGCCAUGAUUCUUGUAGCAUCCAAGGACCCGACGAGCGCGGCGUCUACCUCUGUCGUGUUUGGCGCCUACUAUUGGGCUGGAGCCGUAUAUGCUUGCCAGGCAACCUUUUUUGCGUGGUGCAACGACGCGAUGAGGUUUGAGGAGAGCGUCUUCCGUGGCGUCGUGCUGGCGGGCAUGAAUUUGGGCAGCAACGCCGUCAACGCUUGGUGGAGCAUCAUCUUCUAUGGUGCAUCUAUGGCUCCAUGGUUUACUAGGGGUAUGUGGGCCAUGAUCGCCUGCUCCAUUGUCUUGAUCAUCUGGACCAGCGGUCUCACCUACCUUGCGAACCGAGAGGAACAGCGGAGAGUUCUGAACGCGGAGGCGGAGGAAACGGGGUCAAUUACCAAGAAGCCCGAUGCGAAGGACGACAAAGACGCCGUCUGA